GGACGGCCGCGACCACCCGCCCCCCUCCUCGCGACCAAAUCUGCCGUCUCCGCCCGCCGCCGCCGCGAGCGCGAUGAACACGGACAUCACCGCGUCGGUGAAGCCGGAGUACCCGGUGGUGGACCGCAACCCGGCCUUCACCAAGGUGGUCGGCAACUUCUCCGCGCUCGACUACCUCCGCCUCUCCACCAUCUCCGCCGUCUCCGUCACCGUCGGCUACCUCUCCGGGAUCAAGCCCGGGAUCCGCGGGCCGUCGAUGGUGACGGGCGGGCUUAUCGGGGUCAUGGGAGGGUUCAUGUACGCCUACCAGAACUCCGCCGGACGUCUCAUGGGGUUCUUCCCUAACGACGCUGAGGUCGCGCGCUACAAGUACAAGCUGUAGUGGCCUCACUGUCUCCGUCUAUGUUGUGGCAAGUGCUACACCUUUAUCUUCCCUAACCUCCUGUUAGCUUCAGUUCUUGAUCUGGCACUGUAUUGCCUUGAGUGAAUAAAUGUGGUAUCUCGAUGAUACAAUUUAGCUCCUCUUGUUAUGCCGUUUUGGUGAACUUGUGGAUUUGAAAUUGAUUUAUACUUUGGAA